CGCGUUUGUUUUCUAGAGAAAACGUCAGCAAGAUGGCGGAGUAUGCGUCUGUUCAGAAAGGAUCACUAAAACUCAAAGGAAUUGGAGAGAUUUCAGCGAGUAAAAAGAAGAAGAAGAAGGGCAAGGAGUUAAAGCAUUUGGAAAAGCAGGUCCUCACGACUUCAGCAGAUGAGGAAACGACCAAGAAGGCUUAUAUUGAUAAAAGAACACCAGCUCAAAUCGCCUUCGACAAAAUCCAGGAGAAGAGACAAAUGGAACGAAUCUUGAACAAAGCCUCCAAGACACACAAACGAAGAGUUGAGGAGUUCAACAGACACCUGGACACACUGACAGAGCAUUAUGAUAUUCCUAAAGUCAGCUGGACCAAAUAACACACAACUCCUGUGGGUCGUCAGCAGGAUGAUGACAUUCUCAGCUGUUGAGGAUUUGACGUUUUCUACAAUUGACCUACCAUUUAAAAUCAACGGAUAUUUAAGGCUCUGCAGACCUAGAAAGUCUACAGGUGCUGGAUAAUUGUGUAGAUUUCCUGUCUUCUGUGUUUACACCGUCAUCUGGAGUUGUGCCUUUUUUUUUUUUUUGGCAAGAGAUACAUUAUAUUAUUUCCUUAUGUACUUUUUUUAAAUGUAGGUUUCAUUCUGAAAUUUCAAAUUGAAUUGAUUGCUGUAAAAUCCAGUACUUCUAUAUAACCACUGGUUUUAAUUCAGUGUUAUAACUGGUGAUAUUUUGUGACCAAUAUUAUUGCUAAUUUCUUCAGGCGCACACUUAAUAUAAAGUGACCAUUGUUUGUUUGAUUCUGCUUCUCUCUAAUGUGCAUAAAUCUAGAAAUUGUAACUAAUGAAGGCCACCUGUUCUCUCUCUCUCACUCACACACACACACACACACACACACCCCCAUCAGUUACGGUAUAUUUGUUAAUUUAGAUAUGAUUAAACAUCUGCAUUGCUGUUCAGAAUAAGGUUCAACUAUUUUGACUGGAAAUUAAACUUCACUUUUCCUGUAGAAGUACAAAUUGGUAGAUGUUUUAUGUCUAAUAUUUGUUAGAUCAUAACUACCAGUCUAAUGUAGUACUCAAACACCAACUGUACAUUAACAGUUUAAUACAAAACUCAUAGAACAUC